ACACCGGCCCUCCGGGAGCGUCUGAGGAGGCGCGGGCCGCUGCGGGCUUAGGCGCUGCACCGCGCCGGCCCGAGCCGCUGGACGAGGCCCAGGCAGCCGCUCGUCCGGACCCCGCCGCCCGAUGUCCUCAAGAUGGAGGCAGCGGGGGCGGCGGCGUGAAGAAAGCGGCGCUGUGGGCGCGGGAGCAGGGGCCUGGGCGGAGGCGGUGGCGGGAUGGGGCUGCUGCUUAUGAUCCUGGUGUCGGCCGUGCUGGGCUCCUUCCUCACGCUCCUCGCCCAGUUCCUGCUGCUGUACCGCAAACAGCCCGAGCCGCCGCCGGACGAGGCCGCCCGCGCGGGCGACGGCUUCCGCUACAUCAAGCCCGUGCCAGGCCUGUCCCUGAGGGAGUACCUUUAUGGCGGCGGCCGGGAUGAGGAGCCUUCCAGUGGGGCCCUCGAGGGAGGCGCGACCCCGACUCCAAUCCCCGAGACCCCCGCCCCGCCAACGCGGGAGACCUGCUACUUCCUCAACGCCACCAUCCUGUUCCUGUUCCGGGAGUUGCGGGACACUGCGCUGACCCGCCGCUGGGUCACUAAGAAGAUCAAGGUGGAGUUCGAGGAGCUGUUGCAGACCAAGACGGCCGGGCGCCUGCUGGAAGGGCUGAGCCUGCGGGAGGUGUACCUGGGCGACACGGUGCCCUUCAUCAAGACCAUCCGGCUCGUCCGGCCCGUAGUGCCCUCGACCACCGGAGAGCCCGACGGCCCCGAGGGGGAGGCGCUGCCUACCACCUGCCCCGAGGAGCUGGCCUUCGAGGCAGAGGUGGAGUACAACGGGGGCUUCCACCUCGCCAUUGACGUGGACCUGGUCUUUGGCAAGUCCGCCUACCUGUUCGUCAAGCUGUCCCGAGUGGCGGGGAGGCUGCGCUUGGUCUUUACUCGCGUGCCCUUCACCCACUGGUUCUUCUCCUUCGUGGAGGACCCGCUGAUCGACUUCGAGGUACGCUCCCAGUUUGAAGGGCGGCCCAUGCCCCAGCUCACCUCCAUCAUCGUCAACCAGCUCAAGAAAGUCAUCAAGCGCAAGCACACGCUUCCGAAUUACAAGAUCAGGUUUAAGCCGUUUUUUCCAUACCAAACCUUGCAAGGAUUUGAAGAAGAUGAAGAGCAUAUCCAUAUACAACAGUGGGCACUUGCUGAAGGCCGUCUUAAAGUUACAUUGUUAGAAUGUAGCAGGUUACUCAUUUUUGGAUCCUAUGACAGAGAGGCCACUAUUCACUGCACUCUUGAGUUGAGCAGUAGUGUUUGGGAAGAAAAACAAAGGAGUUCUAUUAAGACGCUUAAACCAGGUGUGAAAAUCACAUCGACACUGCAAGUGUUGAAGCUCAUCAAGCAGGCUGGUGACCGGGUCCUGGUGUACUAUGAAAGGCCUGUGGGCCAGAGUAAUCAGGGUGCAGUGCUGCAAGAUAAUUUCAGCCAGCUGGAAGAAAACUUUUUGUCAAGCUCAUGCCAACCAAAUUAUGAAGAGGAAGCCAGCGGGCUGGCAGUAGAUGCUGAAAAUAGAGAGCUGGAUUCUGAAUUUGAAGACCUGGCAAGUGAUGUCAGAGCACAAAACGAGCUCAAAGAUGAGGCACAAUCAUUAAGUCAUAGUCCCAAACGUACUCCAACAACACUUUCUCUUAAACCCCUUGGAGCUAUAUCACCAGUUCUAAACCGUAAAUUAGUUGGGGGAAGUCACCCACUACCACCAAAAAUUCCACCCAAAGAAGGAAAUAAACCCUCACCCCUAAAAACUUCUGAGAUAACAGACCCAGCACAAGUGUCAAAACCUACCCAAGGAUCCACUUUUAAACCACCUGUGCCACCACGACCACAAGUGAAAGUCCCUUUGCCUUCCUCUGAUGCCCCAAAUCAGGCAGAACCAGAUGUGCUUGUUGAAAAGCCAGAGAAGGUACUGCCACCUCCUCCUCCUACAGAUAAAUCUGAAAAGCAAGCAAAAAAUGUGGAUCACACAGAAGAUGUGGCUACAUCUAAGCAGUUUUCAGCAAAGCAAGAAGUGAGUAAAGAUCUUACUUCAGAAAGUUCCUGCCCUACUAAGGACAGUUCCGAUGACCAUCAAACAUGGGAAUCAUCAGAAAUUCUUUAUCGUAAUAAGCUAGGAAAAUGGUCAAGAACCAGAGCAUCCUGUUUGUUUGACAUAGAAGCCUGCCACAGAUACUUAAACAUUGCACUGUGGUGCAGGGAUCCUUUUAAGUUGGGGGGUCUCAUCUGUUUGGGGCACAUUAGUUUAAAACUUGAAGAAGUGGCUUUAGGAUGCCUUGCUACAUCAAACAUGGAAUACCUUUCAAAAUUCAGACUGGAAGCCCCAUCACCUAAGGCUAUAGUCACUAGAACCGCACUACGAAAUCUGAGUAUGCAGAAGGGAUUCAAUGACAAAUUUUGCUUUGGUGACAUUACUAUUCACUUCAAAUAUUUAAAAGAAGGAGAAACAGACCACCAUAUAGUUACUAACAUAGAGAAAGAAAAAGAACCCCAUUUGGUCGAAGAAGUUUCUGCUCUCCCUAAAGAGGAGCACUUUGUUGGACAGAUGGCUUUAACAGAAAGUAAACAUAGUUUCCAGGAUACUCAGUUCCAGAACCCAACUUGGUGUGAUUACUGUAAGAAAAAAGUUUGGACUAAAGCUGCUUCACAGUGUAUGUUUUGUGCUUAUGUUUGCCAUAAAAAAUGUCAAGAAAAGUGUCUAGCUGAGACUCCUCUUUGUGGAGCAACUGAUAGGCGAAUAGAUAGGACUCUGAAAAACCUCAGGCUGGAAGGACAGGAAGCCCUUUUAGGCCUGCCGCCUCGUGUUGAUGCUGAAGCUAGCAAGUCAGUUAAUAAAACAACAGGUUUGACAAGGCAUAUUAUCAAUACUAGCUCUCGUUUGUUAAAUUUGCGUCAAGUCUCUAAAACUCGCCUUUCUGAACCAGGAACCGAUCUUGUAGAACCUUCACCAAAACAUACACCCAACACAUCAGACAACGAAGGCAGUGACACAGAGGUCUGUGGUCCAAACAGUCCUUCUAAACGGGGAAACAGCACAGGAAUAAAGUUAGUGAGAAAGGAGGGUGGUCUGGAUGACAGUGUUUUCAUUGCAGUUAAAGAAAUCGGUCGUGAUCUGUACAGAGGCUUGCCAACAGAGGAAAGGAUCCAGAAACUAGAGUUCAUGUUGGAUAAACUGCAGAAUGAAAUUGAUCAGGAGUUGGAACACAAUAAUUCCCUUGUUAGAGAAGAAAAAGAGACAACUGAUACAAGGAAAAAAUCACUUCUUUCUGCUGCUUUGGCCAAAUCAGGUGAAAGACUGCAAGCUCUAACACUUCUUAUGAUCCACUACAGAGCAGGCAUUGAAGAUAUAGAAACUUUAGAAAGUCUGUCUUUAGACCAGCACUCCAAAAAAAUAAGCAAAUACACAGAUGAUACAGAAGAAGACCUUGAUAAUGAACUAAGCCAACUAAUAGACUCUCAGCCAUUCAGCAGCAUAUCAGAGGACUUAUUUGGCCCAUCUGAGUCUGUGUAACAGUCUAUUUAAACUUUCAAAUGAUUGGGAAAAAGUUGCAUCUAAAGCACCACAGAUAAAACCACAUUUAAAAUCCUCUUAUAACGCACUUUGGCCUGCUUCUCCACAGUUACUUGCUUGUGUAAGAACAAGAAUGAAAAAGGUGGUUCUCCAGGAAAAACAUGACCAGCUCACUAA